AUGGAGCCGCCCAAGUCAAUCAGUCAAACCUCAGUGGCUCAGAGUGCUCCCCCUCCCAUGCGAUCCCGACGCCCCAGUGAAAGUCCUGGUGGCUUUGCCCAAUUCCUCUUGAUGAUCAUGGGAUACGAAGUUCUGCUUCAGCAUCGCUCUAUGGGCUCGGGGAUGGCUGGGAAGGAAGAGUAA